GCGACUCAACAUAAACGCUCGGUUUAUACACUAGCCAUUUACAUCACUUUUAUAGAAGUUUAUUUCUUUUUGCAAACCCAACCCGCUAAUACAACCACAAAAACAGAGUCAUGUCCUUAAAUAAAUAAACUCGAGCGGAGGAGGGAAGUGAAGGCUCUGUAUUGAGCGGAGCUGCACUGACUGGUGCAGAUAGGGACAAAUUGGCGCCAUUUUGAAGCCGACAGGAGGAUCUCACUGUUGGGAGAAACGAGUGGAGCGCGCACUUUUUCCAAGAAGGUAAACGUGUGUUUGCUUUGAAACCGCGAGCGAGUGGAAUCGACCCGCGGCGAUUGGAGUCCGUUAUUGGGAAAUAUUAUUCCGUGGCUGUUUUACAAGCACUGAUUGGAGAGCAUGGCUCACUCCAAGAAUCGAGCCACGGACGGCAAAAUCACCUACCCUCCGGGGGUGAAGGAGAUCUCUGAUAAGAUCUCCAAGGAGGAGAUGGUUCGGCGACUGAAGAUGGUGGUGAAAACCUUCAUGGACAUGGACCAGGACUCCGAGGAGGAGAAGGAACUUUAUCUGAACUUGGCCUUGCAUCUCGCCUCAGAUUUUUUCCUCAAACACCCAGACAAAGAUGUCAGACUACUUGUGGCCUGCUGCCUUGCCGAUAUAUUUCGCAUCUAUGCCCCGGAGGCACCGUACACGUCACCUGAUAAACUUAAGGAUAUUUUCAUGUUCAUAACUCGACAGCUGAAAGGGUUGGAAGACACCAAGAGUGCUCAGUUUAAUCGAUAUUUUUAUCUACUGGAGAACAUCGCUUGGGUGAAGUCCUACAACAUCUGCUUUGAAUUGGAGGACAGCAAUGAGAUCUUUACUCAGCUCUACAGAACGCUGUUCCAAGUGAUCAACAAUGGACACAACCAGAAAGUGCACAUGCAUAUGGUGGAUCUCAUGAGCUCAAUUGUUUGUGAAGGCGACUCUGUCUCACAGGAACUCCUGGAUACUGUUCUGGUUAACCUGGUCCCAGCACACAAGAACCUCAACAAGCAAGCGUACGAUCUGGCAAAAGCCUUGCUGAAGAGAACCGCUCAGGCCAUAGAGCCUUACAUUACCAACGUGAGUAAAUGUGAUUUAUUAUAGUUCAUUGUACAUAGG